AUCGCAGGGGAGGAGCUCGGUGUUCAAAACACAGCCUGCUCAGUCCCUGGGCUUUUUUUUAUGCUUCCUGUCUUGUUUUUGCGCUUGUUUUCUUGCAGCUGCCUCGUUUAUUCGUGCUCCUUUACGCGUUUUUAUUUCCUUUCUUAAACGAACCGAUUAUCAAACAUAGAAUGUGGCUACUCACCGCGAAUUACGCACGAUAUUUACUACUUCAGAGCAACGCCUUUAUUUGCAGCGUCCCGCCUCGGUUUGCUUAUUAAUUUUUUUUUGACCAUGGACUAAUUCUAAAAAGACGUAUAAAUGCACCCGCCAUCGAGGAGCUAUCGUGCAUUUCAACUACGAGAGGUGCGUGGGCCUCGCCUGCAUCGUGGCCCGGGCGCUGCUGGCCAUGAAGGGUCCGGGCGUCGCAGAGAACCGCCGGCUGCUCGGCCUGCUGGAGGCGGCGCUGAUACGGGAGGCGCGCCUCUGGAAGGCCCCAGUCUUCAAGGGCGGAUGCGUCCAGGGUGCUGACAUGUCGUCGUCCCAACACCAAGACAUGAUCGUGUGGCUGGGGGGCAUGAACAGACGCUUCCACUUCUGUCCAGAGACCUUUGCAUUGGGCGUGUGCGUCCUCAACCGGAUGCUCUCCACCGUCAAAGCGCAGCCAAAAUACUUAAAAUGUAUCGCUUUUACCUCCCUGGUCCUCGCUGCCAAAAUCAACGAGGAAGAUGAGGUCAAAGGUUCGGUCAGCGACUUGGUUGCACAGAGCGGCUGCAGCUUUUCGACGGCGGAGAUCGUUCGGAUGGAGCGCAUCAUUCUGGACAAGCUGCACUGGGACUUGUACACCUCCACGCCCGUCGACUUCAUUCACAUUGUAAGAUCGUCGUUAGCCAUAGUUUUUGGGCUUUUUUUUUUUUUUUUUUGGUUGAGACUAUUUUUCUUUCCGGCAAAGAUUUCUCACACGCAUCUUGUAACAUCAGGCGGUGAUUUGUCUAAUCUCCCGCCGUGCUUCCUCCAGAGCCGUUAAUCUCGUCAACCUACAUUUCGUCCAUAAGAAUCAACAGCAGAUGGGAAGUUCUUAAAGCCACAAUCUCGCCAGAACAAAAUGACACUUUUCCCAUCUUGGAUUAAAAUAAUGCCCCUUUCCCACUGUAUGGUGCCUCCUUUGCUCUGCUCUAUUGAUUUUUUUCUCGACAGCAAAAGAGGAACUACCACUGCUUGUUGGUCAAGUAUAGUACAGCUAGAAGUGGCAAAAAUAAAUACACAAGCUAACGUUAGAUUACCCUGUUGUUGCUGUACUAUACUCCGAAAUUUUUUUUUUUUUUUU